AUGCAUCGAGGCGGGGUGGAAAUGUGCAGAAAUAGCGCGAGUGGAUUCAAAUGCCGGACGACUGACUUUGCGAGCUCCUAAGGGCAGUUCCAGGCAGCAGUUCACUUCAAACAAAACUGACACCAGCGCGCAUGCGUUGUCGAAAUCAGCGGUUUCUUCGAUGCAUUUCAGCCGUGGCAAGUGAGCGCAGACGAGAGCGCAAUACCACCCAUGCCCGCAAGAUGGCGCCACCCGAUCGAACGCGGGAAUGGAGCGCGACGCCACGUGCGGUCCAGGCGAGGGGGAGAUCAUGGAAGAGAGCAGCAAUAUCAAGGCAAGUUGAUUUGUAUAGCCCCACCUAGACAAAAAUGGACAAUUAUUCUCAAAGCAUCCCCUGAUCUUACGCUCCCCAAAUAUUUGUCAAGUUGAUUUGUCUAGUCCUAAAUCCCAAGCAGUCUCAAAGGGCUUCACCUAGACAAAAAUGGACAAUUAUUCUCAAAGCAUCCCCAAACAUUUGCCUUUUCUCAUGGAAUACGUCCACAAAACGACGUUGGCUUUCCGAAAGGAGUGGAGGUUUUUUUUUUGCUAGUUUGCCCACACGGUGGCAGACUAUAUUUGGGUCACUUUUCUUUCACGGUGGCCCGCAAAUCAAUUGUAGCACACCAAGCCCAAAAGCACGUCUCUGACCGUUUGACUGAAAGAGCUUUGCUAACGCGAGCGAGCCAUUUAGCCACAGAUGCAUGGAUUCAGCCGUGUGGGAAACGGACAGAGAAGUCGACAGACAGAACGAUUACGAAAAUCGAAAACGGAUGGAAUGAAAAUAAAGCCUUUAAUGACUCGCCUGGUGAUUUCGAAUGUGCUUAUGUCGGUUGUGAGGAGUUGGAGCAGCGCUCUGAGAGAGACAGAGCGGCAGCUGUCACUUGAGUGCAAUUGCAAAAUGGUGGCGGCCUCCAAAGUUCUAAUUUACAUGAACAACUAAAGCAAGCCAAUUUGUGUGUGUGUGUGUGUAAUGAUCCCUCCCGGACGCAUUCCUCAAUGACUCCUGCGGCAACCAUGAGAGUGAAUAUUUGCCAUCCAUUCAUGCGUUUGCCAACAGCAGGCAUGAAGAUGAUGCAACAUUGGCCUCGCAGGUGGGGGAGCGGUUCAGCUUUGCCUUUGACCUCUGAUGCAAAGUGGCGGCGGGGGCGGCAGUGCUGGCCCGAUCGUCAAGUGCCACUCGAGCCGUUUGAAGGCUUUGACUUCUGACGACGAAGCCGGGGAGAAAAGGACGUUCCGUCCUUACGGUUGCCAUUCCAGACGUUUCCAUUGCAAACGGCUUCAAAGUGGCUUGAUUCCAAUGACAUCAUACCUCGGCCAUGAAACAGAAAGGAUUGUGUGGCAAAAUCAAAGCAAUCCACAUAUUUGUUUGUUUGUCUGUUUCUUUGAAAUAGCGAGGUGAUGUAACGCAACCGCUGGACGAAGGAUAACAGUCAACUCAAGCAUGAUUUUUUUUUUUUUUUCAGAUGGAUGGGAAGUUAGGAUGGCUACUUGAUUGCGAUCAUCUUAGCGUGUUUUUUUCCAGAUCGAUGGGAAGACGCGACGGCUACUUUACCGCGAUCAUUUGAGCGAGCGCGUUUUGCACGUUGGCUUGAUUGACUCGUUUGCCUGUUCGUCUUGAACUCUUGAACUAUUUCACUCAUGACGGGAGUAACAAAGUUGCUCGGUCGUCUCGCAACAACUUGGCGGCAGGCGCUUUGACAUCAAACGAAGCGCGCGUGGGCUGUGCGUGGCAAAGCGUCGUGACGUCACGCAGCUCGCGGGUAAGCGCUCGCGUCCGACACUUCAUUCGCUGGUCGAGUCGGAGCAGCCAGCCAGCUCGCCAGUCAGCCCGCCAGUCAGUCCUCCAGCCAGCCAGUCAGCCAGCCAGCCAGCCCGCCGUCAAGCCAUCGGCCACCAGCCAGCCAGCGACGUCAGCAUGAAUCUCGUGAAAAUCAUCUUGCUCUUGUGCGCCCACACGGCAGAUGUGGUGGCAACUGUAUGCGACGCCAAGAAGGAUCAGGUGGUGUUCUGUGCAACUGGCAACACCCUCAAAAUAGAUCCCCCCACGCCCAUUGCUGAAUACGAGUGGAAAUUUGGAACAACCGAGGAAGCGCUCCCAGAGGAACUGAAGCCAGACGCAAGCAACAUAUUGAAGGGCACCCUGGCCAAAAGGCACACCGGCGUGUACUUGGCCAAGCAUAAAACUGAUCCAUCACAGACGGACAAGUUCACCGUCAUUGUGGAUGCGGAACCCUGCACCGCAAGCACGCCUUGCAACGUCAAGGCUGGUGGCUCCAUCCAAUUGGAUUCCACAAAUACAGAUGAGGCUGUCAACUGGGAGUUUCAAGCAGACGGUACCCCUGGGUUUGUGGAGGUCACUGAGUCUGAUAAGCCCAAGUUUCUUCCCGACGCCGGCAACUUCAAGAAAGGGUUGGGCCUCUUCAACGUGCAAAAAGCUGAAAGCGGGAUAUACCGGACCAAGAAAACAUCUGGCGAUGGCAUAUUUGACUCGUUUCCAGUCCACGUCCGAACUCCCGUCUCCGGUGUCACAGUCAAGGGAGGGGGCUGCGAUGGGAAAUUAGAGUGCCAGGUCACCGGUGAUGCCAAAAAUAUCGGAUGGACCAAGGAAGGAACUGCCCUGGCUCCUACAGGGAAAACGUUGACCGUCGGAACGGGGGGGGCUGACUCCGGUAAGUAUGCCUGCAAGGCCACAGCCUACUACGAUGAUGAUCAGACAAGCCCCGCCUUCCCGUACGCCUACGCAGUUUCCACGGUCAGCAUCGAACGGAGCGGCCGUGUCCUCACGUGUGUCGCCGACGGUGCCGUCAAAGCCUUUGAGUGGCUGACGUUCGGAAACGUGCCUGUCACAGCAAGCGACGGCAAAGUGGGCAGUGACCCGUCCAAGUUCACUUUGGACGCCAAGGCCAUAGGCCAGUUCAUUUGCAAGGUCACCGCCUGCGAUAACAAGAACAUCAACUCCCCGUCCUUCGACGUCAGCGGAGCCAAGGACCCCACCGGUAGCCCCGGCAUGGACCGGGACAACAAUCCGAAACCAACCGCAGCCACCCAGGGCGCGUCCUGCUCUGUCGCUCUGUUGGUGAUAAGCGUCCUCAUUGAGCUCUACGUGGUGAUGAUGAUGUAGACCGAGGCCGGCCGGCCGGUCGGCGGAUGAGAGAUCCUGGAGGCGAGCGGCCAUUUUUCUUUUUUCAUUCAUUCAGCAAUAAAAAGAAUUCAUUCAUCAGCAAUAAGAAGAGCGGAAAAAAAAGCACAACAGAAAGCAGCGGCUCGGGAGAAGCGGGAAGACGGCGGUGGCGGCGGCGGCGGCGUUGAUGGCGGCACGAGACCCUGGCCCAAUGGCGUCCAUCUGGCGCGAGGGAGGGCAGGCACGCCUGAGCGGUUGGCCGUGGACUUGUUUGUGGUAGGGGAAGGGUCGAGAGUGAGCUUUUUUUUUCUUCUUCAAUAUGCUUCUACUUCUUCCAUUUAUUAGGAUUUACAAUGGAUGAUGUCACUCAGCGACCGUUAGCAUUGCUCGGGAAGGUGGUCGACGCCAUUGGGUGAAUGAAUUGCGCGGUGCAACUUUUUGUUGGUCUUCAAUUUACUCCAUUUAUUUGCAUGCUUACUUACUACUGGAGUUAUUAUCAAUUUAUAUGAUGUGGUUUACAAUGGAUGAUGUCACUCAACUUUAGCAUUGGGGAGGGAUGGGAGGCAAACGCUUUGUUUGGACGCGCUGGAAGGUGAUCAACGUGAUUGGGUGGGUGAAUUGGAUGGUGCAACUUGCGACGGCAGUGCAAUUUGAGUUUUGAUGGUGCAACUUUGCCUUGGUGUCAUGUGUCCACUGGAAACCACAAUAAAGUCUUCAUUCCA